UACUCCAACAAACCGUGUCAAACCAGAGAAAUGAAACUGUUCCUCUGAGAACCAUCUGACGAUGCGCUGAACCAGCAGGUAAAGACAGCUCGCGUCCAGAAGCUGGACAGAGGCACCCUGGAUGCGCGCUAACAAGAAGUCUAAAUUCCUCGCGGGACAAACUUUUGCCCCUUAAAGGCGACAGACGCGUUUAGCUAACAGCUAACAGCUAGCUGCUCGGCGGCUAACGUAUCCGUCAGUUGGGAAGCGCGUUGCCGCUGCGUCCGUCCGGGAGCCACAUGACAACCGCUCACAUGACUCCCGACAGCUGCUGUGACCACACCGAGGACAUCACCGCGGGGACGAGGCCCUUUCACUGUGCUUUUGUUUGCAGCUUUGGGAUCGCCGGAGUGUCGGGGCUGGUUAAACAACAACAACAACAACAACAUGUUUGGUAAAAAGAAGCGAGCACCGCAGCCCAGAGGCCAGGGCGCUGCUGCAGCCAAGCAGAUGGGUCUGUUCGUGGACCUGGACCCCGAGCAGAUGGCCAUGGAGGGAAACGUGGACGACCCGGACUUGGAGGCGGAACUCGCCGCUAUUACUGGAAAUAAAACCGCGGGCGGAGGAAGACCAAAGCAGAAAGGAAAAAGCCCGCUGCCCAUGGAAGAUAUCGCAAGAAUGGCGGACGAGUGUAUGAAAGAUGACGAUGAGGAUGACGACGACACUAACCUGGAAGACGACGAAGAUCUAUUGGCGGAGCUGCAGGAAGUGGUGGGUGAAGAGGAAGCCGAGGAUGUCGUACCCGCUCCCAUCACAUCCUCUGCCCUCGCCUCUCAAGCUGACACGCCAGAGACGCCUCUGACGCAGCAGCAGAAGGUGACGGUCCCCUCAGCAGCUCCUGGCAGCCUCCAACACGCCCUGGAGGAGAGAGUGUUCAUGUACGAGACCGCCCUGCAAAACGCCAAAGCUGCAGGGGAGACCGCCAAGGUCAGGAGAUACGACCGCGGCCUGAAGACUCUGGAGUCGAUGUUGGCGGGUAUUAAAAAAGGGAGACCCGUGAACGAGGCGGACAUCCCUCCUCCUGUCGCCGCCGGGGCCCCGAGUGCCGCCCCUCCGCCCGCUGUUCCCCGUCGACCGGCUCCCCCCGCGCCCUCGCCUCCCGAACCCACUGCUUCAGUUCGGGGGGCGGAGUCAGAAGCAGCACCCGAGAUCGCCCGCCCCAGCAGUGAAGAGGAGCCGUCGUCCCCUCCCACCCUGCCCCCUCUGAUCGGCGUCCCGUCUCCCGAGGAGGGGAGCGGGGAACCUGAUGCAAACGAGUCGACCAAAGCGUUGCUUCUGGAGAGGCAGAAGGAAUACAAGGCGGCCGCUCUGACAGCCAAGAAGUGGGGAGACGUGGAGCAAGCCAGGCUUUACUUCAAGACCAGCAAGAGGUUCGAUCUGGUGAUUGAGGCGUUGGAAAAGGGACAAGCCGUCGACCUGGGCGGCCUUCCUCCAUCUCCACAGGCUGCAGGAGGAGGCUGCGUUGCAGUGAGGGAACCGCCCUCGAGAUCAAACAUAGAUGUCACCCAACUGGUUACAUCAGCACCAGCCGCUGCCCCUCCGUCGGCCCCUUCGGCCCCCAAAGACGUGCUGGAGGCUCUGGAGCAGAGACGUGCCAAGUAUGUUGAGGCGUCCAAUCAGGCCAAAGCCAGCGGAGACGACCGCAAGGCCCGCAUGCACGACCGCAUCGCCAAGCAAUACCAGAGUGCAGUCCGAGCUCACAAAGCAGGGAAAGCGGUCGACUUCGAUGAGCUGCCGGUUCCCCCUGGUUUUCCUCCGAUCCCGGGGCAGAAGGUCACCGGAGCAGAGCAGGGAUUCAUUGCUGCUCUGGAGGCCGCAGAUAAGCUUUCCUCCACCGAUGACGCCGAAAUGGCGAAAGAAGAAGAAGAGGAAGAAGAUGAGGAGGAAGAGUCUAAGCCUGCCGCUCCAGAAGGGCCAAAGAAGCCCAUGUUGGACCUCCCCGCUGCAGGACAGGACGGAAUCUCCCUGUCAGCGGGUCAGCAGCUCGACUUCCUGGAGGGCAGGAAGAAGCAGUACAUGAAGGCCGCUCUGCAGGCCAAGCAGAAAAAGGACAUGGAGCAGGCCAAGGUCCUCCUCCGCACCGCCAGGCGCUUCGACCCCAUAAUUGAGGCCGCCCGCAGCGGCAAGACGGUGGACAUCAGUGCGGUGCCGUCGCCGCCUGGUGACGAAGACGAAGACUUCAUCCUGGUUCAUCACAGCGACGUGCAGGUGUCUGAGAAGGCCGAGGAGCUUUACGCGCAACUGGCCAAGAUCCUUAAAGAGCAGUACGAGAAAUGUAUGACUCACUCUAAGCAGUUCACACAUCUGGGCAACGUCACCGAAACCACAAAGUUUGAGAAGAUGGCGGAGAGUUGUAAGAAGAGCCUGGAGGUCCUGAAGCUGGCUCAGUCCCGGGGUCUGUCUCCCCCUAAACAUCACUUUGAGGAGAGAUCCUUUCACACUGUCCGGAUAUUUCCAGACCUGAGCAGCACAGACAUGGUUGUCCUCAUCGUCAAAGCGAUGAAUCUUCCUGCUCCCAGUGGGAUUCAAACAAACGACCUGGAUGCGUACGUGAAGUUUGACUUCCCGUACCCCAGCGCGGAGCAGCCACAGAAACACAAAACCACUGUCAUCAAGAACACCAACUCGCCAGAAUACAACCAGAGCUUCAGCCUGUCAAUCAACCGAAACCACCGCGGCUUCAGGAGGGUUGUGACGUCUAAAGGCCUCAAGCUGGAGCUGCUGCACAAAGGCGGCUUCCUGCGGAGCGACAAGCCCGUUGGGACGGCCCUCGUCAAGCUGGAGAAGCUGGAGUCGCAGAGCGAAAUCAGGGAGAUCGUGGAGGUGAUGGACGGCCGCAAAGCCACGGGCGGCCGCGUGGAGGUCAAGAUCCGCCUGCGGGAGCCUCUGAGCGGACAGGACAUGCAGAGGAGCACCGAGCGCUGGCUGGUGAUCGACUAGUCGCAGAUGAUGAAAGACAAAAUCAAAGACGCUCGAGAGGAGGAGGACGUCGUUCGGUCGACUUUACCUACGCGGGUCUUUGACUUGAACCCGAGACGCGACGCUGAAGCUGGAUUUAUGGCCGGCCGGCAUCUGUCUUCAGCUGAUGGACAAUUACUUGUUGUCCGAAUGGUUCACUGGUCUCAUCACUGGCGAUUCACACGGACUGAAUGCAGAUGGAAGCCUGCGAAGCAUCGGGACGGACUCGCGGGCAGAACAAGACGAAGCUUUCUCACAUCUGAGAAAACCACCACGAUGGGUUCACCCCGAAGAGUCUCCUCAGGCAUCCGUCCGUCUCCCGGAGCACAGCAGGCAGUGUGUCCUCGCUGAGAGGCGGAGCUAACCUGAUGACUAAAGUUAAUAUCAAAGAGUGUAGAUAUUCCUCAUAUUACCACAGCUCUGGUAUCUAGAACGGCACCUAUGCACUAAUACCAAAGUAAUCACUGUUGCUGUAAAGUCAUGCAUUCAUUUAAAUGUCCUUUUUUUACUGGCCAAGUUUGUUGAGUUAAAUUGAUGAUAGAAACGUUUUUACCACUUUUCCUCCACAAGUUUCUGUUGAUUUUCAGUGUAAAAGCAGAAAACCCUUUGGUGGUUUAAAAUAGUUAAGCCAAGAAAUUAUGAUGCUAUACAAGGUACGAUUUAUAUUGUUCUGAAGUCCACACGCCCUUUAUAUUUAUUUGGCACCUGUUAACUUUGAUUAGUAAGUCCUCUGACUGUGGUCACUUAACUGCACUCUCACUUCUCUGUGGCUUAAGAUUUAGUUAGAUCGAUCGAUCUGGUUUAUGCAUAAGACACAUGUGUGCAAAUCAAAACUGCUUGGAGUUUAAUGUUAAUGUUUAAUUGUUAAAUAAUCUAAAUGUUAAUUUAGCUGAAGGAAAACAUCCACAAUUACACAGAUAAUAAGAUGGUAAUCUUUUUUAAGUAAACUUGUUUGAAACUGACUAAAUCCUUGAAGGAAUAGUUUGAACUUUUUGGAAAUGCACUUACAGUUCAAUGAAAAUAAUUGAUACCACUUAUGUUCAUGUGUUAAAUAUGAAGCCAGAUACAAAUGUUUUAUACAUAAAUACACAUCUUAAGUUCACUAUUAUACAAUAAGUGAACUUCAAGACGAGUGGUAUCGAUCUUCUCAUCAAGCUGUCAAAGGAGAGCGUUUUCCAAAAUGUGUAGAAACUACUUUUUAUUACUAUGCAACACUCUCUAGAUCUCGGGAUGAAGCACUUUACAUUAACAUUAAAGCUGCGAGCACCAUUGGGGCCGUUGCCCGUCAGGAGCCAAGGGUCCAGGAGAAAUGGCGUACUGUAAACAUCCAUGUGGAAAAACUAAAUAAAAAACUUUUAAAAGCCAUUAGUUAAAGCUAAAA